AUGGAGAAAAGAGCAGAACCUCAUUUAUCGAAUGAUAAAAAUGCGGGUGAUCGAGAAGAAGAUUGGUUUCAAGCUCAUUCUACUCAAGUAUUUCUGAUAUUCGGUUCGAUCCUAUUCAUAAUCACCCUCCUAUGUCUCUACUGCCUCACAAGGAAACAGGGUCAAAAGGUUUUACCCAGCUGUAUGAAACGACGUAAGAAAAUGAAAGUUCGUUCAAAUAGGAAUAGUCAUAGACCUAUAUCGAAUGCUUCGUCGGUCAGUGGUCUAUUAUCCCUCAAUAGAAGUAGAUCAAGAGAUCUAAAUAAUCCAAAUCAUGCGAUAGUUGGUGGAUUGAGGAUAGACGAUGAAGAUGGACAAGGGAUGGGAAGAAUGAGGAUGUGGCAGAAUUCUGGUAGAGAGGAAAAGAGAUUAUGGAGGAAGACUGCCUAUUUGAGUGAUUUGAAGCAUGCUACUGAAGAGAAUUCCAGGAAUUACCAGAGGACACAUGGAAAAGGUCACUUCGAUGAGGGAUUUCCAGAUGGGUUUGAACGAGUUACUAGAGAUACAUUUUACGUGCCACAGCCGAUUGGGGGACAAGAAGGACACAGAAGAAAUACGACCAUAUCAAGUUUCGGUCAUCCACCUACAUCAUCAUUCUAUGAUUAUUCUGAAUCACCUUCGCCUUAUUCAGUCUACGAUGCAAAUGGAUUGGUUCGUCCUAUAUCAACUUACAUACCCUAUAAUCCCAUACCGACUUCAACAGACAGUCUGAAUGAACAAUUACGGUUUCCGCCAUCGGUCAAAAGACCUAUAACGGAUCAUAGGAGAUCGUUCGUUUCUCACAUGACAAAUGAUCCAGGUUAUCUCGAAGAUCUUAAAGCUGGAUCUUAUGGUAGGAAGUCUGGAUCGUAUUACCCUAAAUCACCUGCUUCGACUUAUGUGCCUCCGAGAGAAUCGGUGUAUUCGUGGAGAUCGUAUCCACAAGAGGAGAGUAAUUACGAAAGGGAUCAAUAUAUUCAGCCUGGUCGGUAUGAUCACAUCGAAAAUCAGCAUGAUCCUCAUUCUCAUCGUCAAUAUGAGCCUCAAGAUCAGAAUUAUCAUCAGUAUGAUCGAAACCAAGGAUACCAUAAUGAGCAGAUUCAAUCCCUUAACCCGGAUCACAACGAGGCCAAUUCAUACCUCAACCCCAGUCCGAUAGAGUACGAGUACACUCCUAAACCGUCAAUCGACCAAUCAAUCAUUAAUGACUGUACAGCUUAUACGCAACAUCAACCAUUACCACUUCCUUAUUCCUCUCAUUCCCCUCCACCUCUGGAAAACUCCCUGGGCAAUACGAUCCCUUCAGCUAGACGACGGCAUGGGAGGACGCCGUCAAUGGGAUCCAUCAAAUUCCCUGAACCUGAACCUUCCCCUGCUCCUGCUCUUGCUCCCAUUGCGAUAGGAGAUGGUAUGAUUUCACCUUAUACUAGAUCAUCUACUUAUUCAUUCCCUGCUCCACCCACGGGAGAAGGUCAAUUCGAAUUCCGAUUAUCCAGCCAGCCUCAAGCCCCUGCUCAAGGGAGAAUCGAUACCUAUGAUCAUGAUUAUCCUAGUCAACAUCAAUACGAAUACCCUCCUGGGAACCCUCCAGGUGAAGAAGAAGAAGGAGAAGUGGGAGAUCCAUACUCACCUUCAAGAACAGAGGUAAAUACUAAAUUGAAUUCUGCGAGUUAUUAUUCACCUUCCCUGAUAUCUAAACAUUCUCGAAUGUCGACAGUCCCCGGACAUGGACAUGGAUAUGGACAAUCUAAAUCGUUUAAUUCGAUUUCAAAAGGAUUUGAUGAUUCCGAUGGCAUGGUUGUGAGUGUGGGUACAACGCCAAUGAAAGAGAAGAGGAAUAGUAGUGGACCAAGUUUGGCGAAGAGUGAUAAUCCCAAUCCUAGUCCGAAUUUCCCUCCUCCUCCGAAUCUAUGUAUAGCUACUACCUCUUCUACCCUCAGCUCGGAUCAUAAAGAUCAUAUCACUACCAGUAGCAGUAGUGGUGAAUCUACUAUAUCGACCAUGUCAAAGAAGAUUCAACGGAUCAAACCUCCUUCUCUACUAAAAUCGACAUUACCUCCCAAAUCACCUAAAUCACCUAGUCCGUUGAGGUAUUCUUCAACUUUUGAUAUGGAUGAUAUGCCAGUUUGGAUGAGGGAUGAUGUGAAUGAAGCUGGUGAGGAGCCAGUACCGAAGAGUGAGGUGAAGAUAUAA